AUGUUGUAUUUGUCAGAAAAAGGUAUUGUUCACAGAGAUCUGGCCGCCAGGAACGUACUAGUUCAGUCGAUGAAACUAGUGAAGAUAACAGAUUUUGGAUUGGCUAAACUAAUGGAUGAUUUGAACAAAACGUCUCAUCAACAGUUAAAAAGUCAUAUAAAAAUGCCGAUCAAAUGGCUUGCCUUCGAAAGCAUAUCGCUACAGAAAUUUACCCACCAAAGUGACGUUUGGAGUUAUGGAGUAACAAUCUGGGAACUGUUGACAUUUGGCGAACGUCCGUACGACAACAUUAACGUCAACGACUUGUUUUCAGCGCUUAUGAAAGGUGAAAGAUUGAAGAAACCCGAUGUUUGUGGGAUUCAGUUGUAUUUGCUUCUACUGACAUGGAACCUUCAGGAACUCGUGAAUCUUGAUGAGGGCUACAGAUCAAUGAAACCGAGCACGCAGGAGGAGGAUGACGAUGAUGUUCCUGUUCGCGGCAAUCAUCCAGAUCACCAACACGAGCAGGAACAACAAAAUGAACUACGCCAGGUUAUAAUCAAACAGCCAAAUUUCCGAAUUCAACUUCGCUCACACGAGUAUUCAAACACAAAGUUCAACUUCAAGUCUUCGAUAAAUUUAAGUUCAAGUUACACAUCCACAUCUGCCCAUAAUCUACAACACAGUUCCAGUUUUCCAUAUUACAACACUGAUGUUUUUGAUGAUCCUAUCAAUGGGGUUCAAAAUAAAAUGUGCGCUAAUCAUGUUGAUGGAAAAUGUCAUAGUGAAGUUGGUUAUGAAUCAUUAAACUCAAUUUUUUCUUCCUCUGAAUGGUCGAAGGUCUGCACAAAAGUAGUAGAAUCUCAUCAGCACGACGACGAAUGUUUCAUUGCUGACGAUCAAAUAAACAAUGCUGCCCGUGCUCAUCGCACGGUACAUAGCAUGCAGUACGAUGGCAACAUUGAAAUCAGAAACUCGAUGACAGCGGAAUAUAACACAUGGAUAAGAAAAUAUGAAACUGUUUAUUACAAUGACGUUUCGACGAUAUAUAACAGAGACUUUCUGAAGGAAUCGUGCCUUACCGAAACAACAGUGCUCAAUUCAACUGAAGAUUUUAUAAAUCGUGAACUGGUACGACUCAUAGUAGAGAAAAUAUGCUUCGACGGCUUAAUAAUGGGAGUUUUCACACUAAAUGUAAAUUUAAAUUAA